CCACAUGCAAGACAUUAACGCGUCGUUUUCAUCUACAUAUUAAAGUACACAAGUAUCACGCGACCCGUCGCACCCCACCUCACCGCACGUAAAAAAAAACCAAAAAAUACCACACCCGUCGCCCGCCCGCCUGCCCACGCAAUGUCCCGCGACCCCGUAACCAGCACCUACAGCCGCUUCCUGACCGGCGCGCGCACGGGCGAAGACGGGCUGACGUACAAAGAAUCCGUGCACCGCGCAGUUAGCUCCGACUUCUGGGGCACCAUCUCAGCAGCGGGGCGAACGCCGCGCGCCGUGGCAUGGCGCACGCUCGCCGACGAGCGCGCGGACGGUGAGGGCGCACACUCGCUGCGCUUCCUGGCGCGCCGCGUGAUAAACCAGAACCUGCAGCACCUUGGACUUGACGCGCUGAUGGCUACGCCCUGGGAGCCGCUCGGGAGGAAGGCGGAGGCAGGGCUGAUCGUGCGAACCAGCCGCCAGGACUCCCUAAUCCUCUGGCAGUUAUUCGCGACGGCGUAUGGUCCGCUGCCCGCGCUGCAGACGCGCACGUAUACGCUUCCGGCCAGCGAGCGGCUGCAGCCGCUAAUCAACGCGCUCGUCUCGCCGAGUCACAGCUGGCUGGUGAAGCUGCGGCUGCGGCUGCAGAUCCCCAGCGACGACGGCGGCGACGGCGGACUAGACGUCAGCGUGCUCCCCGCGCUGCAAAACCUGAAGGCACUGCACAUUACCGGCGCGGUGGGCGUGGACGACGGAGUGGUGCGCGCGUGGGGCCGCGCCGCCGUGCAUGAUCGGCGGUUUGAUCGGCUGCAGGUGAUGAGUCUAAGGGGAUUUGUGGGAGUUACCGAGAAUGUACUCGCGUAUGCGGCGUGGAUACCGAGCUUGAGGUGGCUGGACCUUACGGCGUGUCAUUGGAGCGUGGCGAAUACCGGCGGGAGGUGGGUGCAGGUCGGUGUGGAGGAGUGGGAGGAGGGGAGGAAGCGGGAAAAGGAGAGGGAGCGUGACGGCGAGAUAACUCCGGUGGUGAAGGUGCGGAUGGGCGGUUAUAAGAAGCCCGGGAAGAAGAAUAUGUCGUAUCAGGAGAUGAGGUUCGUAAGGGUCGAGGAGCCGGCCGGGGAGAGGAAGCGGAAGGCGCCGAGUACGGCGGAGAAGAAACCCGUGCAGAAACCGGUGAUGCGGCAGAAGCGGUUGAAGAACAUGGGCGAUCUAUUAGCAGAGUUCCAGAAUCCUCCACCGAGGGGCAGGGGGAGGGGGCGAUGAGUGGGGU